AUGUCACACAUCGACGCGCCGCUCCGCUCUCGCCGACACUCCGACCCGUCGCCCGCCAACAGCAACAAGGUCCGCCGACGCCAACCUGCGCCCCGCAGCGCCAACGACACGCACGACUACGCGCCCGACGCGCUCCUCUUCCCCACGCUCCUCCUCCCCGCCGAGCUCGAGCUGCGGCGCGUCGCCGCCCGCCCCGACUCGGUCCUCCUCCGCUCGGCGCGCCCAGCAGGGCCGCGGCACUACGCGACCGACUCGUCGUUCCGCCUGCACGCCCUCGUCGCGCGCCAGUCGUCGUCCUCGGGCGCACGGACGACGUACGCCGCCGCGCUCGAUGACGCCCUCGAGGACGUCGACGCGUCCACCGACUGCGGCGCCGUCGCGGCGGCGUACCGUGGCAGCGCGUCGACACCCCAGGUCGUCGCCCUGUGCACGAGGCGGCGCAGAGCCGUCAUCCGCGCGACGCAGGCCGAGGCGAGCGCGAGCAGCAGCCGGGCGGCGGCGAGUACGAGCCGGGCCGUCGCGAGCGCGAGCUCGAGGUCGAGCCGAGCAGCAGCCGCGAGCUCGAGCAGUCGAGCCGCCGCCGCUGCGGCAGCAUCGUCGUCGUCGUCGUCCUCGGCGUCGUCGAGCAGGUCGGCGGCGGCCGCUGCCACUCGUACGCGCACGCGCCUGAUCCAGCGCACGACCCGGCCGGCCAACACGCCUCGGAUCGCCGCGCCCAUCACGACGCCGCUCAACCCGUCGCAGGCCUCGGCGUCGCGCUUCUCGGAGCUCGAGUCGUUCGUGAGCUCGCAGUUCGACGACGCGGCGUCCGUCAUCACGAGCCGGGCGGCAGCGGCGAGCUCGUCGAGGGAGGCGCUCCAGUCGUCGGUCGACUCGCUCUUCUCGAGCGCCCUCGUCGUCGUCUCGAGUCGGCGAGCAAGCGCAACGGCGUCGAGCACGGCACAAGUAUCGGCUUCCUCUUCUGCCACCACGCCGACCUCGACCUCGACCUCCCUCCCUCCUUCUUCCUCCUCUUCUACGUCCGCCGACCCUUCUUCUACCUCGUCCGGCGCCGAGCCGAGCGCAACCGCCGCACCUGCAUCAGGCAACCGGAUAGCCAAGAUCGUCGGCCCGUCGGUCGCCAUCCCGCUCGGCCUCCUCCUCCUCGGCCUCCUCGCCUUCUGCCUGCUCCGGCGACGGCGACGACGCAGGAACGCGGCCGGGCCCCUCGGCGGUCGCUCGACGCCCGGUGGGCUCGGGCCCAUCUCGAACCCGCAGCCGAUGCAGGCCGCGCCGCAGCAGUACGGCGCCAUGGCGCGCUUCGCGCCCGGCGCCGGCUCGGGCUCGGGCAUGGGCGGCGUCGGCGUCGGUGCCGGUGUCGGCGCGGCGGCGGCGGCAGGAGCAGGAGGCGCGGCGGCGGUCGGCGCGGCGCGCGGCAACAACGACUCGCAGGAGAGCGUCGGCACGACGCCGUCGGCCAUCGGCGUCGCCUUUAGCGAGCCCCGCACCAAGUGGGGCCGGCGCUCGCUGGUCGACGUGCUCGCCGGCGGCGUCCGCAGCGCCAACAGCGGGUCCAACUCGCCCUCGGGCAGCGGCGCCGGCACCGGCUUUGGCACGCCUGAGCGCCAGUUCCGCGGCGUGUCGGGCACGUCAUCGUUCGGCGGGCGCCAGCCGUCCAUCACGAGCCUCGCGUCCGGGUCGAUCCCGAGCGAGUACCGCGGCGUCGGCGGGUACAACUCGUUCGGGUACCAGCCGGGCCAGAUGCGGCCCGUCAUGACGCCUCUCGGCGGGCACUACGACCCGUUCGCCCCGUCGCCGUCCAUCGUGCCCGUGCCCGCCUCGGCGCAGCGCCACCCGUACCCCGUCCCGUCCGAGGAGGGCUCGAUCAGCGGGUACGGCAGCGGCAGCGGCAGCCACAGCGGGAGCGGCAGCGGCGACGACCUCGCGCGGCAGUACGGCGGCGCAGCGCCGGCGGGCGAGCGGGCGACGUUCGGCGACGGCGCAGCAGCGCAGCCGGGCCUCCCGUACCUCGCGCCUUUGCGGCCCGACAUGGGCCGCAGUCGCACGACGGGCACGACGACGACGGGCGAGGAGGGCUACUACACGGCCGACCCGGGCGCGAGCAGCCGCGAUGAGCUCGAGAGCGAGACGCUCGAGGAGGUCGUUCUGCGCGACUUUGGCGUCGAGGAUUACUCGCCCGAGGAGCGGUCGGUCAACUUUGGGAGCGGUUCGAGUGGGAGCGGAGGGAGCGGGAGCGCAGGGCGGCCGAGCUUUGUCGGGAGCGUCCGGCGGUCGUUCGAAGAGCCGGGUGCGACGCCGAGGGUCGGGAGCAGGACGUCGACGCCGCGUCUCGGGUCGGGCCACGGCAGCCUCGGCACCCGGCGCAACGACGGGACGGGCAGCUGGUGGAACUGA